UCGUUUGCCGGUAGAGGUGUGAGCCUUGGAUUAAGCCUCCCUGACUGUUCCCCUGGUCUGUGCUGCAAACAAAGCUCCUGUUACUUACCUGAGAGUCCAACUGAAGACCAGCGGUACCGGCUCUAGGUAAAAACAGAGAGUCACCAUGGAUCUGGAUAUGGUCAAUAUGUUUGCCAUUGCUGCAGGGACUCUUGCGAUCCCUAUCCUUCUAUUCAUGGCAUCCUUCAUGCUGUGGCCAUCAUCACUCAUCAAAGUCUAUUACUGGUACUGGAGGCGAACGCUGGGUCUACAGGUGCGCUAUGCAGACUGUGGUGGCUAUCGCUUCUGUUACUCUUACAGGGGAAAAUCAGGUCACAGACCCUCUAUACUCAUGCUGCAUGACUUCUCUGCUCACAAGGACACAUGGCUCCCGAUGGUGAAGCAGUACCUUCCCAAACAUCUCCAUCUGCUGUGUGUUGACAUGCCAGGGCAUGAGGGUACAACACGAACCAACACAGAUGACUAUUCUAUCCAGGGCCAGGCCAAGAGAAUACGACAGUUUGUAGAGGCUAUUCAACUUAACAGAAAACCCUUCCAUCUGGUGGGCACUUCAAUGGGUGGGACAGUGGCAGGCGUGUAUGCAGCCUGCUAUCCUUUAGAUCUCUGCAGUGUGACCCUCAUCUGCCCAGCCGGUCUGAAGAACCAACAUAAAAGCAAGUUUGACUGUCAGAUGGAUGAUGUGGAGCACAGCCACUACAGGAUGAACAUUCCACUCAUUCCAUCCACCCCAGAGGAGAUGGAGGAGAUGUUGAAACUCUGCUCUCAUGUGCGCUUCAGAGUGCCUCAACAGAUUCUUCAAGGACUGGUGGAUGUACGGAUACCACACAAUGACUUUUAUCAAGAGGUUUUUAUGGAAAUUAUGAGUGAACACUCUAAAUAUGCCUUACAUGAGCAUAUACAGCAAAUAACUACCCCUUUGCAAAUCAUCUGGGGCAAACAGGACCAGGUAGGCUCUGUGUUGAAAGCAUGCAUAUCUAUUACCUAUAAAGAGAUUACACACACAUGCAUGCAGUUCACAAAUACAUCAAUGCAAACAUAUUUCUGUCUUUAUUGUCAGGUAGUGGAUGUGUCUGGGGCAGCCAUGCUUGUGGAGGCUCUUCAAGGCUGUCGUGUUGAUCUGCUGGAAAACUGUGGCCAUUCUGUUGUGAUGGAGCGACCACGCCAGACAGCCAAGCUUAUUUUAGAUUUUAUUAUCUCUCAGCAGAGCACCGCGAGUGCAAGCACCAAGAAAAAAUCCUGAAAUGUCU